CUCGAUCACCGCCCGCUCGAUGGAACCUUCUCUUCCUUCUGCUUCUUCUUCUCUGAAACCGUACGCGUGUGACACGUGCAGUUAUCGAUGCUCCCAGAGUCAACGGUUGAAGGAGCACGCGCGCACGCACACGGGAGAGAAACCGUAUGCGUGCGAUGUAUGCGAGUACAGGAGUUCUCUGCUGGCGCAUCUCAAGAAUCACGCGCGCACGCACACGGGAGAGAAACCGUACGCGUGCGAUGUAUGUGGCUCCGCCUACAACUCCUCCGGCAGCCUCAAGACGCACUUUCUCACGCACACGGGCCAGAAACGUUACGCGUGUGACGCGUGCGAGUACAGGACUUGCUCCCGCAACAGCCUGAACAGGCACGCGCGCACGCACACGGGAGAGAAACCGUACGCGUGUGAUGUAUGCGAGUACAGGUGUUCUCGGCCUGCGAAUCUCCAGAUGCACGCGCGCACGCACACGGGAGAGAAACCGUACGCGUGUGAUGUAUGCGAGUACAGGUGUUCUCGGCCUGCGAAUCUCCAGAUGCACGCACGCACGCACACGGGAGAGAAACCGUACGCGUGCGACAUAUGCGGCUCCGCCUACACCACCUCCAGCAGCCUCAAGACGCACUUUCUCACGCACACGGGAGAGAAACCGUACGCGUGCGACAUAUGCGGCUCCGUCUACACCACCUCCGGCAGCCUGAAGCAGCACUUUCUCACGCACACGGGCCAGAAACCUUACGCGUGUGACGAGUGCGAGUACAUAACUUGCCUCCGCGGCAACCUGAAGAGGCACGCGCUAACGCACACGGGAGAGAAACCGUAUGCGUGCGAUGUAUGCGAGUUCAGGAGUGCUGACCUGCCGUAUCUCAAGAUCCACGCGCGCACGCACACGGGAGAGAAACCCUACGCGUGUGACGCAUGCGAGUACAGGACUUGCUCCAUCAGCACCCUGAAGAGGCACGCGCUAACGCACACGGGAGAGAAACCGUACGCGUGCGAUACAUGCGGUUACACCUGCACCACCUCCAGCAGCCUCAAGAUCCACGCGCGCACGCACACGGGAGAUAAACCGUACGCGUGCGACAAAUGCGGCUCUGCCUACACCACCUCCGGCAGCCUCAAGACGCACUUUCUCACGCACACGGGAGAGAAACCGUACGCGUGUGAUGCGUGCGAGUACAGGACUUGCUCCCGCGGCAACCUGAAGAAGCACGCGCUAACGCACACGGGAGAGAAACCGUACGCGUGCGAUGUAUGCGAGUACAGGAGUUAUCGGCUGCGGGAUCUCAAGAGCCACGUGCGCACGCACACGGGAUAAGCGUGCGACACAUGACGUGAAUACAGGUGUAUGAGCGCCAGCGACCUCAAGGUGCACUUUCUCUCGCACACAGGCGAGAAACCGUACGCGUGUGACAUCUGCUCUUUCAGCGGCUUAUCCUCGGCCGCUCUCUCGAAACACAUGCGCACGCAGUCGCACCGAAGAAAGGCCAUGUUCAAUCAAUCGUGAGUGAUGUGAUGGACGGGUUAAACAGCUAAUUCGUCAGACAUUAAACGUGUGGAUACAGGACUGGUGCACUCUCUCCAGUAGACUCCAGUGACGUACACUCCGGCUUGUAUAAGAGAAGAAAUCCUGAAAGGCGAUGUGCAUGCAAUCAUGAGUGAUGGGACUGACAUUCUACCGAUUAAACAGUUAAUAAGCCAGUUCGUAGUUACGCACUGGCGUCCUAUGAUGUCAUCGGGUCAUAGGUCAUUUGUACAUAGCUGAAAAGUUGGAUCGCGCUUUCGCUCGUACGCACUUGCAGUAUACUACUACAUAGUAUGCAUGAAUGCUAUACAAAAGCAAUGUAAAAUCGUGCGUGCGUUUGUUUUCUGUACUGAACCGAUCGACUAUCUGCCUGUGCUUUUUAUUUUUUGGAUUUUUA